CGGUCUUUGCUGGGAGUAUUUGAAGAAGAUGCUGCUGCAAUUUCCAAUUACAUCAAUCAGUUAUUUCAAGCCAUGCACAGAAUAUAUGAUGCACAGAAUGAAUUAAGUGCAGCAACUCAUCUGACAUCAAAGCUUCUGAAGGAAUAUGAGAAACAGCGUUUUCCACUAGGGGGAGAUGAUGAAGUUAUGACUUCCACUUUACAGCAAUUUGCAAAAGUGAUAGAUGAGCUCAGCUCUUGCCACGCAGUACUUUCAACUCAACUUGCGGAUGCAAUGAUGUUUCCUAUUACCCAGUUUAAAGAAAGGGAUCUAAAAGAGAUAUUAACUCUAAAAGAAGUUUUCCAAAUUGCAAGCAAUGACCAUGAUGCUGCCAUUACCAGAUACAGUCGGUUGUCAAAAAGAAGGGAAAAUGAAAAGAUCAAGGCUGAAGUUACAGAAGAUGUAUAUACUUCCAGGAAAAAACAGCAUCAGACUAUGAUGCAUUAUUUCUGUGCAUUAAAUACUCUUCAGUACAAAAAGAAAAUCGCUAUGCUAGAACCCUUGCUAGGAUACAUGCAAGCUCAGAUAAGUUUUUUUAAAAUGGGUUCAGAAAAUCUUACUGAGCAAUUGGAAGAAUUUUUGACCAAUAUUGGCACAAGUGUACAGAAUGUUCGCAGGGAAAUGGAGUGUGAAGUAGAAAACAUGCAACAAACUAUAGAGGACUUGGAAGUAGCUAGUGAUCCACUGUAUUUGCCUGAUCCUGAUACUACAAAAUUUCCUGUUCAUAGAAAUCUAACACGGAAAGCUGGCUAUCUCAAUGCAAGAAAUAAGACGGGGCUGGUAUCUUCCAGCUGGGAGAGACAGUUUUACUUCACUCAAGGUGGAAAUUUGAUGAGCCAGGCAAGAGGUGAUGUAGCUGGGGGACUUGUCAUGGAUAUAGACAAUUGCUCUGUGAUGGCUGUGGACUGUGAGGAUAGGCGGUACUGUUUUCAGAUAACGUCUUUUGAUGGUAAAAAGUCUUCAAUCUUACAGGCAGAGAGUAAAAAAGAUUAUGAAGAGUGGAUAUGCACCAUAAACAACAUAUCUAAACAGAUAUAUCUAAGUGAAAACCCUGAGGAAAUUGCUGCACGUGUAAAUCAGUCAGCUCUGGAGGCUGUUACUCCAUCUCCUUCCUUUCAGCAGAGACAUGAGAGCAUGCGGCCAGCCGUACAAUCUCGUCCUCCUGCAGCUCGUACGAGCAGCACAGGGUCACUGGGAUCUGAAUCAGCAGCUUUAUCAGCGCUUUCCUUGGAUUCACUUGUUGCCCCUGACACUCCUAUACAAUUUGACAUAAUAUCUCCAGUUAGUGAAGAUCUGCCUGGUCAAGCAAAAUCUUCAGGGCAGUCAGGCAGACGCACAAAUCCUUUUGGUGAAUCUGGAGGCUCAAAAUCUGAAACGGAAGAUUCAAUUCUUCAUCAGUUAUUUAUUGUAAGAUUUCUUGGCUCUAUGGAGGUGAAGUCUAAUGAAAGUCCAGAUGUUGUUUAUGAAACAAUGCGUCAAAUACUAGCAGCUCGUGCCAUCCAUAACAUUUUCAGGAUGACGGAAUCACAUCUAUUAGUCACUUGUGACUGUUUAAAGUUAAUUGAUCCACAGACACAAGUUACAAGACUACGAUUUCCUUUGCCCAAUGUAGUCUUGUACGCCACGCACCAGGAGAAUAAGCGCCUUUUUGGAUUUGUCCUUAGAACGUCAGGAGGGAGAGUUGAGAGCCGCCAAAUGUCCGUCUGCUAUAUAUUUGAAUCAAAUAACGAAGGGGAAAAGAUUUGUGACUCUGUUGGACUGGCAAAACAGAUAGCCUUUCAUGCAGAACUGGAUCGAAAGGCAUCAGAAAAGCAAAAAGAAAUAGAUAGAGUCAAAGAGAAACAACAAAAAGAACUGAAUAAGCAAAAACAAAUUGAAAAGGACUUAGAGGAGCAAAGCCGGUUGAUAGCUGCUUCCAGCAGAUCCAACCAGAGCAGUGGAGAAGGACAGUUUGUUGUCCUUAGCAGCAGCCAGUCAGAAGACAGCGAUUUAGGAGAAGAGGGAAAGAAGAAGAGAGAAUCUGAAGCCUAAGGUGGCCUGCUUUAUUAAAAUUGGAAUCGUGGAUGGAUCUGGUGAAAUGGCACAAGUUCUACAAGAGGUGAAAUGUAGGUGGAGGGUCUGUUGUAUAUGUGAAAGGCUUCACAAUAUGUAGACCCUUGUUAUGCCUUGAUUUUUCUUUCUCAAUUAAGUGAUUUCCAUUUUCAUGUCAGUAUAAUUUCUCUUCUGUAUGCCAGAAGCAGCAUGGUGAUGCUACCAUGUUUAUUACAAAAUGAUGUUUUCUCAAGGCUUCUCUGCAGUACGGGAAGAACUGUGGGGCUUUUCCCCACUUACCUCGCUGUGCAAUUGACUGCUCUCGAAACAAAACUUAAAACUCUCAUUGGACUUCAGCAGUACACUGAAACGUGUUCUUUAUGCUGUGGUGUGGAGAACACCUUGCUGGACGUAAAAGUGGAUGUCCAAAUAAGGCAGCGCUAAGCUUUACCCAAUCUGUUGCACAUAACUGUUCUUAGAUUUAGAAAGAAAAAUCCUUAUUAACAUCAGUGAGCCAUGCAAUAGUUCUAGACAGAAAGAUCUUCUUUUUUCUUUCAUAUUGCACUGUAUGAUACUGUCUUGAUUUUUUUGGUGAAUAUAAUGCUGAAAGAAAAAAUGCUGUCAGAUCUAGAGCAGAGCUGAUGAGACACAGUUGCACUUUGCUGCAUGAGGAAUGCAUAAAGCAUUCCUUACCAAAUGAUGAGAAUAAUGUAAAUAGUUUUGUAGCACAAGUGCCAUGUUCUUGUUUUGUUCCCCAGUACACGUAGUAAAAAGCUGUAAGCCGUUCAGUUCACUUUUUAUAAAACGUGCUUAAGAAAGAGUUACAGGAACAUCUUGAAUGCCAUCAUUUGAAAAAAUCUGAAUAUGUAAAUGCCUUGCCACCAGUACACGACAUCUACUGCAAAUGAGUCAAGGCUCUUUAAGUCUUUUUAUGGAAAUUGAUUUUUGCAAACAGAAUUUACUAGCUCUGAAGAAAGAGACUAUGCUAAUCCUCCGUCCUCGAGUCAAUCCCGUAAAGCGUUUUUUGAAGCAGUGUCUGUUUACAGCUUGUAAUCUGAACUGUGCUCCAUACGCUGUGUAAUAUUUAUUUUGUAUAGUUCUGAAUGUGCAUUCACCUUUUGAUCCAGAAGAGAAAACUUGUUUGAAGAGAAAUAUUUAUUUUUGCACUAAUUACUAUAAAUGCUAAAAUCCAGUGGAACAGAAGAUCUGUCUCUAAUAGUGGCAUGAAAAUAACAGGAAAUAUAGAAAGAGAAGAAUAUGCUUAUACUCCAAGUUAUAAUAUAACAGUUAUGAGUGUUUUACAGUUCAUUGCAGGGCAUUUCUGGUCUUCAGGAAUGGAAGCAAUUUACAGAAUAUCUCCCCCUCAGCUGGUGAGGGCCCAGCCCUUCACAGCUGGAGUUGCUCAGCACCUCAGGCCCUCCCUGCUGUAUGCGCACGGAGUGAUCCAUACCCGUAGCUCUCCUCAGGUGUCGGGUGGCCCUGUGUUGGCUGAAGGCAGCAGCCACCUCCUGCCCCUUAUGCUGGAGGUGCAGAUUUCAAUGCAGAAUUUCGCUGCCUCUGGCUCCUGUCACAGAAGAGGAGCAGCACCCGGGCAGGACUAAGUCUGCUGGGCUGGGGCUGCUACUGCAGCAGGAGCUGAAGCAGCUCCAGGAGCGGAUGUGGAAGGGCCCCAGCAGCCUGGGAAGGGGUGAUGGUAUUCCUGCCUGACCAGAGGAGGGGGAGGCUGAGCCGCAGAGAGCCCCACGUUCUCUUCCCGAGCUGGUUAGUGACUCCUGCUCCAGUACAUGUUCCACCCCCAGAGUAGCCAGUCACUUGCAGAAAUAGCGGCUUUUGCUUGUUGCCCAGUCAGGCCAAAUGGCAUUGCCUGGCUGGCAGACUGUCGCACGGACCACACAAAUCUGGAGCUUUUUUCUAAAAGAAUGGCAUUUUUAUUUCAUAUAUAGUCUUCUAUUCUCAUCUCUCAUCCUUAAGAGACUGGUUUUAUUCUUGCCAACAAAAAUAUACAGAGAGGCAGCAAAUCCAACUUUUCUUCCUUUUUGGGCCUAAAUCUAUGCUUACGUGGCAUGGCAGCCAGUUUGUCUCUGCAAAUUGUUCCAGCUCAUGUUUCUUUCUCUUUGUUUUUUUUGUUUGUUUUUACUUACUGGUAUUUCUGUUGUCUAUCAAAUAAUAUGACAGCAUAGCGCAAGGUUAUUGUGUCUUACUUUAUCUUUCUCAAGUAUGUGCUGAAGAAAUUUUGCAACAGCAGAGGAAGAUGAAAUCAGUGGUCGCCAGUUCCUAGAAUCCAAGCCCCCAGCUUGUCAGAGUGGGGUUGAUCACUGCGCUACGCAGUUCAGCUGCAGUAGCCGCAGCUCCCUAGGGAGGGCAGUUCACAGAUGAGCCAUCUCAUCAAAAGGCGUUUCUGAUUUGUACCUGGUUUGCAUUAGCCUUAGUGGAGAAAUGUCAGAAAACUGAAUUACUUUUUUUUUUUUCUUGAAACCUACCAUUACUGUUUUAGACAUAAAUCUGCACAGCUGAGGAAGAAAGCAGGAGAAAGUAAGUUGGCAGAUGAAUUUACUGUCAUACGGGAUUUUUCAGAUUUAACAAUAAGAGAUUGGAAUUAUUCCACUUGCUUUUCAGGCUUUCUAUCUAUGCCAUUAAACAUAGUUUUCUAAAACAGACAGCAUAGGAAAAAAGUACAUUUUUUUUUGUGUUGGAUGAUUCUCAUCUUAACCACUAAAAAAAGGGGAAAUGAAGAGAAUGGUUAAAGAAAACACAUUGACAUGCAUGAAUGAAAUGAGGAGGGUGUUUUGAUUGUUUAGGAGAGUUUCACUGGUGUAAAAUGAGCAAGAGAUAUAAAAGUAUCUGGGAGAGUGAUGAAAGCUGCAAGGGCAAGUGGCAGGUCCAGAGAGAUGCAGAAGCUGAACUGGAAGGGUGCAGUGAGUGAGCAGUGGGGUGAGGGGCUGUGUUUUGCUGAAGGGGAGGAGCACCUGGCUCUGUAAUUAUAACUACCUCAAGGCAAAAAAAAAUAGCUGCUGAGGUUUUUAUCCAUGCCCUCCUCCCCAAAAUAAAAAAAA